AUGGCGGCAUCCCGCCGCGGCCAGCCCGAGCUUCAAGUCCGACUUCCCUCGACUCCCAAUAUCUCGACCACGGGCACUGCCAAUACAUUACCCGAUCUACCUCCUAUAUUCGCUCUCUUCCUAAUCAACUUCGACGUCAAAGCUGGCUACACUAUCUCAUGGAAAGCUUCUAAACCUGGUGUCGAACUCGAGGGUGUCGUCGAAUACAAGUCUCUACCGUCAGGCUUGCACACAGUGCCUGAGGAUCUCAUAUACUUUGUCCACGAUGGUUUCGCAGGACUAAGCGCGUUCAUCAACGCGCCUGUCCAGGAUACUGAGGUUCGAAAUGCUCGAAUGCUGGCUGUUGGCGUACUGGUUCCCCUUAGUUAUGGGCGCUUGGGAAGAGCUUGGAGACAUGCCGAAGGUCUGAAGAAUAUGACUGCAGCACUUGCUGCGGAUGGAAAGGACACAAGCAUUUUGGAAGAGUACUGGAAGAAGAACCAAGCUGAUGCCGAAACAAUUGCACCAAGUGAAUCUAUCGAAUCGCCGUCAGUUACUUUCCAACAAACUUCCCGAAAGCCACCUCAAGGUCACCGUAGGAAUCGUUCGGCCUCGGAUGGAGCAGCUUUACUGGCGCCUGGACAUAGACUAUCCCCAUUCCAUCCCGCUUGGAGCUUGACAAAACUAUUAGACACUUUUGGACCCCUGAUAUUCCCUAUACAACGAGCUGCGUUGCUGCGAAAGCGUAUUUUGAUAUCGUGCCAUGCACCUAUACAAGAAGCUUGCAACUUCGUGUACAAUAUAUCUAUUCUAUCCAAUAUCCCCCAACCAACCUUCGACCUCCUCUCCACCAACUCACCCCCUCAUCGCCUACGACCCCUCUUCUCCAUCGGUGUCCACGACAUCCCCUUCCUAGUCGAAGACUCCAAACCCCGCCGCAACACCGACGAACCCACCGAAGCCGAGCGCGAAGCAGGAACAGGCUGGAUAGCCUGCACAACCGACAGCAUCCUCGCCAAAAAGGACACACUCUGGGACAUCCUCGUGACAAUGCCACCCCCAUACUCCACCAACGCAAAACACCACACCUGGCCCAAACUAGAAGGCCCCCAAGGCCUCCCCAUCAAAGCAACCCAACGCGACCUGCGCCGCUUCCGCUCCCUAAAAGCCGGCCUAACCCGCCUACAAACAAGUCUAACCACCUCCCCCACAACCCCCAACCCCUCAGACGCGGACGAUAUCUUCCUCUCCGAAGCCGAAGAAAAAGAAGUCGUGGAGCCGUUAAGUUGGGCCGCGCUCGCGUAUAACGGGUUCAUGUGGUGGGCCUCGGCAGGCGAACAAGCGCGAUCCGAUCGCGCCGAGGAAUCCGCGCAUGACGCCGAACUCCUCGCUGAUCUCACCGCACCCUCACCCUCGUCGGGAGCUAGAGGAGCCGAUUUAUCAACGUCGAUGGCUUCACUUACCCCCCGCGCUGCGGCGUUUGAGAGUGAUGAGGCGAGGGCGGAGUUAGCGGUUAUUGCGUAUUUCCAUCGAUUGACUACCCAGGUUCUCGGUACGUUGGCGGAUAUUGUGGAGAGUACUAGUGAUGAUAGUAGUGAGGAAGAUGAGGGGGAGGAUGAGGGGAGUGGGGAUGAGGAUCGUGCUGCAUUGUUACGGGAUGUAGGGGCUGAAGAGGAGUUGGAUGGACGAGGUAUUAGGAUUGGUAGUGAUGCGGUCGCGAGGAUGGGUCUUGAUGUGUGGAGUGCUACCGAUGCUGAAUUCAUCAAGGCGGCUGUAGCUGCGUAUUUUGGACGGAGAGCGUAUGUUGAAGGGAAGGGGGUUGAGGUUUGUGGAGUUAGGGUCUGUUGA